CAAACCAGGCAAACCCAGAGGAACACUAAGUCGCAAAUGAAUGGAGAAGGUGGUAUUAAAGUGAAUCAAUCGGUCGUUUUAAACGACCAAUAGAAGAUGUCUGCACACCAUCUGCCACAAGAUCAGGAAAGAAGUUUCGGGAAACAGAAUGCACUGAUUCGGAAAGUUUGAGUAUUUCGGAUAGACAGCGGAUUGCAAUGAUCAAAGAUACGCUUCAUGAAGCACAUGCUUUGUUCAGAAGAAGCGGAAUUUCUCAAGACGAAAGUCCUUUUCUUAAUGAUGAUGUACCCGUUCUUAGCGACAAGCUUGCAAAAUCGCUUUACAACAUUGAUGACAGAAUUUACGGAUGCGGUUUCAGAAAUUUAACGCUAGAAGUAUUCGUAAACGUGUCACAAAAUGUUAUCACCGACAAGGAAUAUGAGAAUUUGCGCCUGAAUAUUGCAGCUGUUGCGAGGGAGUUCGGGGAUUUCGAAACUGAAAUAAAGGUUGGACGAUACGAACAGCUGAACUAUUCUACCUGUCAAGUAGGCAACAAAAUCAAGAACGAAAAUGGACAGGUUGCGACACUUGGAGGCUUUGCAAAAAAGCAAGGAGAAUUGCAUGUUCUGCUCGCUAGACAUUUUGCCGACCCUGAACACGUUAAGUCAAUAUAUUACGUUGACUCGCAACGGAGGAAUGGAAUCCUUGCAAGCGUGUUGCCUAGUUCCCAUCGUGGUUUCUAUGAUAUUUCUGUUGCAAAGGUGUUGCGAAACAUCUCGAAUACAAUGUUUCGGAAUAGCGAAGGUCAGCCUAUGAAUAGUUCGUUAAUGGACAUGUCAACGGUCAAUCGCAGAGAUCUAUGUGAACGGCAUGUUCAUUUCUGGGCAGACGAACAACAACCGAGAGUUGGAAAAAUUGUGAUCCCCGAUUUCGAUAAAAGGUCUUCAGACACUAGAUAUGUUUUAAUUAAAGAAGUACUGGAAGCCAGUGAAGAACACAAUGAGUUGAGACCUCGUAGAUUAUGCGAAAUGGGCCAUAGUGGAGCUAUCUUCUGUUCUGAUGACAUCGACGGACAGUGUGUACACGUCUGUACAAUGCUCAUUGGAUCGAUCAAUUACAGCGAUGUGGCAAACGAUCCAAAAAUACAGGGCGAGUAUACAUCCUUUUCGCUUAAGCUGGGAAUAACACAACUAAAUGAAGAGCAUGGCGGACCUUUCCAUAUCUGCUGAAAUAGAGUGCAACAUAUGAAGCGAACAAUGUAAAAAAUAUAUGGACAUUCCUAAUUGAUCAAGACAAUGAUUCUAUUGCCAUGGCCGCGUCUCAGGUCAUCGUAAUACAACCUGUAUGUCUGAGGUGAUGAAAGAAAUAGUUUUGAUAUAAUGAUCAUAGUUGGUGCCAUGUUUCUUUGCGUAACUGUAUGGAUUGACUUGUUUGAUUUAACCAAUAAGUGUGAUUUUAGC